AUGCAGCAAGUUCAGUUUGGAGGAAGUGGAUCAUCUACUGGAGGAAGUGUGCAGAACAGCCAGCCGGAUUCUAGUAAGAAUAAGAAAAAGAAGAACCAAAAGAUCAAGCAGGCAGAUGCUGCUACUACUAGUGAUGAAUCCUCCUCCUUUAAUGUUGAUCCUAAGUUCAUAGGGGCAAUUUGCUACAACUGUGGUCUCCCAGGACACUUUGUGGGCAUGUGCCCCAUCCCAAAAGUGUGUUUCAUCUGCAAGACCCCUGGCCACCACAUGGAUACAUGUCCUACCUGGUACAGAGCCUACCCUGCUGCCAUGUACUGGGGGGAGUGCUAA